UUUUUCUGACUUGUGUCAUUAAUGACAUAAACGCUAAAUGUGUUUUGAGUUUAUUAGGGAUGUUGUUUAUUGAAAUUAUUAAUGAAAGAAAAUAUUUAUAGCAAUUAGAUCCCAAACAACAUGUCAGAAGAAAAACGACCUGCCAGUCCAGAAGCGACCAAAGAUGAAGAAGAAGGGGAUAACUGGAUUGGACCUAUGCCUUCCGAAGCAUCUCAACCAAAACCUAAAAAGAGAAAAGUGUUGGAGUUUGAAUCUUUGUAUCUCGAAAAUCUGCCCUUGUCAGAGACAUAUGAGCGCAGUUACAUGCACAGAGAUGUUAUCACGCACAUAAUAGUAACAAAAACAGAUUUUGUCAUCACAGCCAGUCAGGAUGGACAUCUAAAGUUUUGGAAGAAACAGGAGGAAGGUAUAGAAUUUGUGAAGCAUUUCCGAUGUCAUUUAGCGCCAAUUAGUCACAUGUCAGCAAACAGCACAGGGAGCCUGCUGUGCACUGCAUCCCCGGAGAAGACUGUUAAAGUGUUCGAUGUUAUUAAUUUUGACAUGAUAAAUAUGAUCUCAAUAGAGUUUGAACCAUACUGCACAGAGUGGGUGCAUUCAGCUGGUGAUCCCAUAUCAGCUUUAGCAAUAUCAGAAAAGAACAGCAACAAGAUUCACAUAUUCGACGGCACACAGACAACAAGCACUCCCUUGCAUACAUUCUCAUUGCACCAAAAAGAUGUUGUCACCAUUAAAUACAAUCCUGUGUUUGAAACCGCCGUGUCUGUUGAUAAGGCAGGUAUCGUAGAGUACUGGACUGGACCAAAGCAUGAAUAUGAGUUUCCCAAAAACGUUCGUUUCACAUCCAAGCUGGAUACAGACUUGUUUGACUUCCUAAAGAACAAGACGUACCCCACUGCGCUUGCUUUCUCGCCCGAUGGAAAGAAAAUGGCUUCUAUAAGUUUGGAUAGGAAGGUACGAAUAUUCCACUUCUUAACGGGCAAGCUCCACAAGGUGCUGGAUGAAAGUUUGCAGCGCUACCAAGAGUUGCAGCAUCAAACGCAGCAGUUGCCCAACAUGGAGUUUGGUAGACGCAUGGCAACAGAGCGGGAACUGGAGAAAUCAGACGCGGCGCAACUCGCGAACAUACUGUUCGACGCGAGCGGGCACUUCGUCGCGUACGCGACCAUGCUCGGCGUCAAACUCGUCAACCUAACGACGAACCGGUGUGCAGCGACUCUCGGCAAGCCGGAGAACUUGCGCGCACUACACUUGGCGCUCUUCCAGGGUCGCACGAACCAAUCCAAAGUAGCAUCUACACUCGAAAUGGAAGGCUCGGAGAACCCUACGCUGCUCACCAUCAAGAUGGACCCCACUCUAUUUUGCACGGCGUACAAGAAGAACAGGUUCUACAUGUUCUCCAGGAGGAGCCCUGAUGAUGUCAAGAGCCCUGAUGCUGACCGGGAUAUAUUCAAUGAGAAGCCGUCUAAGGAGGACAUUAUAUCGGCUACAGAGGGACAAGGUGUGCAGCGGCUGUACGAGCAGGCGAUCAUCCACACGUCGCUGGGCGACAUCCACAUCCGGCUGUUCGGCAAGGACGCGCCGCGCACCGUGGAGAACUUCUGCGGCCACGCGCGGAACGGCUACUUCAACGGCCACAUCUUCCACCGCGUCAUCAAGGGCUUCAUGGUGCAGACGGGCGACCCCACUGGCACGGGCAGCGGCGGCGAGAGCAUCUGGGGCGGCGAGUUCGCGGACGAGUUCCGCGCGCAGCUGAAGCACGACCGGCCCUACACCGUGAGCAUGGCCAACGCCGGCCCGCACACCAACGGCAGCCAGUUCUUCAUCACGCUCGCGCCCACCCCGUGGUUGGAUAAUAAGCACACAAUAUUUGGUCGAGUUAUCCGCGGGAUGGAGGUCGUUCAAAACAUUGGAAGUGUGAAAACCAAUCCCAAAACUGACAAGCCCUAUGACGACGUGAGAGUUAUAUCUGUUACUGUGAAAUAACUAUAAUAAAUUAAAUUUUGGUGUAAUUUAUAAAAUAAUUUGUAAAAACAGUGUUCAAAAUAUAUCAUGGUUGUAUUAAAUGAGACUCUACAUAGUGCUGUAUUCGUAUUUGCUAAUGUCUUUAUGAAUCUUUGUGAAAAAUAGUAAAAAAUACAGUGAAACGAACGCCUUUUUGUCGUCGUAUAACGCAUAAUUAGCUGAAUAUCGAAAUAAUUUUACACUUUUGAUGAAAUAAAUUUAAAAUCACAACAGGAAAUAUGUAUUUCAGGAAUAGGAUGUGAAUGAUUUGAUUGCUUUUGAUUGAAAAGUUGUAAUUAAUUGUGAA